AAAAGCGACAUAAACAAAAGACAAAAUAAAAUUACUUAUUUAUAAUAAUGGAUCAGGAUUUGCUAGACGUGUGUCGGGUUUGUGCAAAUAAAAUAAAGGAUAAAAAGCGUCAGCGUCAUAUAUUUAGCUAUAUGAGAGGCAAACUAAAUCAAAACCUGAAGUUGAUUACAGGCGUGGAGUUAACGCCUGAGGAAUACCUACCCAGCUACAUUUGUGAGCGCUGCAACUCUGAGUUGGAAUUUGCCAUGAAGUUUCGUGAGCGCUGCAUAUUUUCGCAAAAGUAUUUAAGAGACAUGAUAGACAGGGAGCACUGCGAAAAAGUUGCAGGAAAAGCACCAGAUGAACUUUCAGAGGACCUCAUCGAUGAGGAUCAAUUGGAGUACAUGCAAGACGAUUAUCAGACACUAAAUGACAAUGAGGAGGAGGAGGAUGCUUCCUUUGAAUACAGCGAAUCCAUCGAUGACAACUCACAAGAUGCUAAACCAUACCAAGUAGAGAAUAUAGAUUAUGCAGCACAGGAGCAAAGUCGUAGAGCUAAACGACAUUUAGUACUGCUAAAAGAAAGUCGCCCAAAGCGUGCACGCAAUUUUUUUAUUUGCGAAGAAUGUGGACAGUUUUUUAUUACUGAGGACAAGUAUACGAAGCAUUUGGAAGGUCACAUUGAGCUGAAGGAAUCAGUUGACUUCUUCCCAUGCGGUAAAUGUACAGCCACCUUUCCAUCAAGGUCAUUGCUGAAAACGCAUCGCCGGGAAGAACACAGCAUCCCUCAGUUUAAAUGCACCAUCUGCGAUGAAGUAUUUCUAGAGUACUGCGCCAAGCAGCGUCAUGAGAAAGCACAUGUAAAUGAGCGUCCAUACCCUUGUCUGGAGUGCGGUGACAUGUUUCAAAAGGUCACAGAGCUGCGUGCACAUUUUGAAAUACACGCUGAGCGCAAACUAAGAUGCGAGCCUUGCGAUAAGGACUUUAAAACUCGAAAACUGCUAGAGACACAUUUAAACACAAAACUGCACAAGCGCAUGCAAAGCAAUUACGAAUUAUUGUAUGAUUGAGUGGAGCAGAGCUCGUAUCGCUGUAAUUAAACGGUAAUGGUGCAAUGCA